ACCGCAGAAAUCCUGAACAUCAGAUCACAAGAAUAUCAGACCAGUUCGCCAGCAGCCAUGACUUCAACCAAAGUAUCUGUCUUGUGCUUGAUCGCUAUUGGCUUGUGCUUCUCAGCUGUAAGAGUUGUUCGAGCUGAUUCAACAUCAACGUCAACAUCAACGUCAUCGUCAACGUCAACGUCAACGUCAACUUCUACAUCUUCGUCUACUGAAAAUAUGGGAGGUCCGGGUAAUCCUGAGCCACAAGGACCUAUUGAACCAAACGCUGCAGAGUGUGUUGGAGAAUUCUGUGACCCUGAGCCAGAGGUGCGGGCUAAAAUCACGGAACCAGCUGGUGAGUAA